CUCGAUAAGUCAAUAAUUUCUGUAAUAUUUUUUCUCUCAGUGCUGUUUCACUAUUUUAUUCCAAAUACAAAUACUUACGGAUCAUCACAAAGAGGAUUAUUUACAAUAAUUUAAGAUGCCGACCCUCCCGAAAUACCAUAAGCUGAAGCGUCCGAAGGUCGUGGUGAAGCGAACGAUGAAGCGUCAUUCCCAUGAUAAAAAAUCUCUUGCCCUGAUGUACGAGAAAUUGAAGAUGAAUAACAAAGCACUGGCCCAAGCCCUUUCGGAGCAAAAGGAAGAGAAUCAACAGUUGUUCCGUGAGAACGUGGAUCUCAGUCGUCAGUUGAAUGAGACAUAUCACCACAGGAAGAGGCACAUGGAGGCCUUCUCCAUAAUCUUGAAGAAUUCUCGGGAGGCAAUGGACCUGAUGGUGAAGGCAACAGCCCAAGUGGUCACUGCGAUUUCCACGUGCAACACAGUAUUGCACCCAGAGGGUGGGAAUUCCCCUCGUCCAUCGAGCUCUCGAGACCCAAAUCGUCGAGGUUCAGUAAAAUCUCCGAAUAAAUCCCCAGCUAGAGGGGUCGUCCAGCCGAUGGUGAGUGGUCAUGCGAUAGCCCAGCCAGCGAUUUCUCUGAGAAGAAUCCGGAUAGCAGUGCCACCGAAUGUCAGUGACAUCGAGGAGACAACAGAGUCCCCAGGAAGCCCCAACAGAGCAGCCUCGAGGCUCCCCGGGAAUCGCAACAGGCCCCUGAAUCGAGCAAUUCCACCGAUGCUCCCGCAGAGGAUCAGGGUGAGCUCCCCCAGGGACGAACCCCCUGACGACAGGAGAUUAUCCAACGUCAGUAGACGCUCCAGUAGAUUUCAGAAACGAAUGUCGAGAAAUUCGAGGCACUCCGAUCUCGAUUCACCACGAGUCAGUAUUAAUCCCAUUGAAACCACGAUGAGGAGUGCCAGGGUAUCCCUCGAGGAUGUCUCCAGACUCCUGCACAAUUCCCACAGCAUCAACGUACGGAGCCUGAUGGAAGAGGUGACGUCGAUCCAAGAGCCUCCAAGUAAUUCCCAGAACGAAGAGUUCACUCAGGUUGAUCAGAAUAUUUCUGCAGUGACUGCAAUUUCACCAGAGUUAGACACUGCCUCACCGACGUCGUCUCCACUGUCCCCUGGAUUUUUAUCCUCCCCAACUUAUCAGUUGGAUCAUCGAAAGAGGAAGAUGCGCAAGAGAAAACUUGCUGAAAAAGCCAAGGGGAGGGAGGCCACAAAAAAAACAUUUCGCGAGGAACAACAGAGGGUUGAAGAGGAUCCUCUUGAGGGCCCCAGCUGGAGGUACAGCAAUCAGAUGGAGAUCUCCGGAGGACCAGUCGAAGGAGAGGACGAGGGAGUUGACGAGGAGAGCCGGCAGGAAAGUGGAAAGAGGAACGAAACAAGUGGAAGUCAAGAAAGGCCUUCAAUGAUACUCGAUUCUUCUCUCAGAGCCUCUACAGGGCUUUCAAGCAGUCGGAUGUCCCUGACGAUGAUAAAUGCACGUGGAUGGUAUCACGAUGAGGACGACGAUGACGACGAGAGAUGCCAAAUGAUACACAUGCCUGGAAGAAAUAACGACGAGGAGACAACUAAUUUUACAGCUGUAUUCUCGAGAAAUGUUUGCACGUCCAGGGGACGAGUCGGCGACUUGGAUCCUGAUGAGUUCACCAUGAUGAGGAGACCUAAUAAACCAUUCAAGCCCUGGACAAUGGCUGAUUUAGAAAUACCAGAUAUUUCUCCUCAGGAGCUCGAGUCACCUAUGACUAGGGCACCUGAAAUUAUUACUGAGCCUGAGAUCACCAAGACUAUUCCGAUUCAGGGGCUUGAACAGGUAGUGACGUCAGCUCCAGAGUUGGAUAAUGUUACUUUUAAUACGAGUGUCACCAUGCCUGUCGACACCGCUGGACGGGAGUCUGGGGAUGAUUCCACGCUCGUUGCACAUCGCAGGAGGAACAACGUACCUGCCAUUGUGGAGUCCUCCAGUGAUUCGGAGACGUCUACACCUCCUAGGAAGACGUCUAAGAGUAGCAGGUCGAAGGGGAACAAGAGGAGGGAUCCUAGCUCGGCGAAGGUCGUCUUGGAGAAACUCAAGGAACCCGGACAGAAGAAGAGACCUGAAUCGCCUGUACCCAAGACCUCGGACAUCAAUGGUUAUUCGCGCAGAGUAUCACAUUCUCUGACUAGUGAUUCCGAGAGCAGUAAUGCCAGUUUCGGUAGUAAUGGAAGACCAAGAAGACAGAAAGCUCCAGUAAAUUUUGCAGAACCUUCGUUAAGAAAAAAAUUGAGGAGAGGUUAAGUGUCUGUUGAUGACAAUAUAGCCUUUAAUGACUGAACUAAAGGACUGACUGUAAUCUUGAAUUAAUCGAUCUGAUAGCUUGAGGCUGAUAAUUGCAUUUCUAUUGGUAACGUAAGGCCUGCUGAAUAAAGUUAAUUAUUUCUGUUC